AUACUAUUUUUGCUAAAACACCUUGGCGUCACUUACACUUACACUAUGUUUGGCAACAAGGGGGGUGCAAGUUCGAGAGGGGUACAAGUUGAGGGGUAAAUUGUUGGGGGUGCAACUUGGUGGAGGGUGUAAGUGGAUGGGUAAAUUGUUGUUUGGAUGAAAAAGUAGGGGGGUGCAAAUAGAGUAAAAAGUAAGUAAUUAUAUUAUUAUAAAAUAGAUUUAUCAAUUUAUAAAAUAUUAUCACAAACAUGAAAAUUCAAUAUAUAAUAAUAAAAAUAAUUUUAAUAAAAAUAAUUAUUAUAUAAUAAUGCUCAAAUAUAAUUAUUUAUAACAACAAUAAUAAUCAUUGGUCGAGCAACCUCGAAACUCGAAAUCCAACUCGUAACUGGUCAUCCUAAGGGGGUUCUCGUGCCUAACUUUAAAUUGAAUAUGGUCAAACUUAGUCAAACACGUUCGAAUCUGUAAGUUUUAACUACUUAUUAAAGUAAAUCGAGUUAACUAAACUGUUCCUCUCUAUCUUUUCAACAAAUGCUUCUUAUCUCUAAUUUUCAAUGCAAAUUCGGGUCAACUAAGAGAUAUCGAUUUGACGAGGCGAACAUUGACAAACUUGCUCUCUGAGUCAAACGGUCAACCCCAAACAACUUCUACACUAAUAUAGAUAUAAGAAAAAUUAAUAAUAUUAAUUAUUAUGUAAUUAUAGUCUAAUUAAAAAUUCAUAAUUCCCCUCCUCCCCCUUCCCCCUCCCUUCCUUCCUUCCCUUGCACCCCAAUUUGGGGGGUGAGCCGAAACAGUGAAUUUACGCUCACGUUUUGCACCCCCUACUGUUACAAAAUAACCAAACGAGGGUAAACACAAGUAAACUUGCACCCUCUUCCAUUUACACCCCUUCCCAAACAUAGUGCUAGACAUGCUAGGAUUUGGCCCAACGCCUUCUUGCUUCUUGACCAAACAGCAUAGCAGGAAAAUCAACAGCUCUAUUAAAAAAAAAAAAAAAAAAUCAACAGCAACCUCAGAAAAGAAUCACACCAAAGAUAAUCGACCGGGAUUCGGGUCCCUCCUACUGCAUAACCUUCCAGCGUGCUUCUGCGUGUCGAAAAUCGAAACCUCUAUCGUACCCGGUGGCGGUCCGCGCGCGAAGGCUAAGGUCCCCCGGAUAAAGAAUUAAAGAUAAUUAUUGCUGCCGCAAUCCAACGGCGGAGUCGCCGACUACGAAUAACGAGGAAGGAGAAGAUAACGGACUUCAGUACGGCGACGGAGAGACUGAUCGGUGGGAAGAAAACGAAGGGGAGGCGAUAGGACACAUACCCGUCUUCGCCUGGAAUUGAUUCCAAUCAUUCGGUUAAUCGUCGGAACAGAAGCCCUCGCAAGGUGCCGCCUUUCCGCUUGCAAUUUCUCGUGUUCGUUUUAUAAUUCGAGCUUCCCGUGGAAUUGAAAUAGGAGAGCAUCCAGCACUUCCAAAUCUGCUGGAAGGGCUGAAGAACCCCUGUCCUUCACUAGAAUUUUUCUUUGUUUGUAACGGAAAGCGGGGAAAAGGGGGCCAUUGGUGGUUGUUUGUUUUCAUUCUCUUGUGUUCGUUCUGUGUGCAUUACCAAUCGCCAAUGGCGGAUCUCAAAGAGCGGUUGCUUCCACCAAAAACAGCAUCAGCAGUAAACCUUAGGGAUGGGUCAUAUAGGCCGUCAGCUUCUGGUCGACAACCAUUUCAAGGGGUGGAUGUUAUGGGUUUGAAGAAACGUGGGCAGGGACUUAGGUCUUGGAUUCGGGUUGAUUCAUCUGGCAACUCCCAGAUUAUCGAGGUUGACAAGUUUACUAUGAUGAGGCGCUGUGAUUUACCUGCCCGCGAUCUUCGCCUGCUCGACCCUCUGUUUGUCUACCCUUCAACGAUUCUUGGACGAGAGAAGGCUAUAGUUGUGAACUUAGAGCAGAUUAGGUGCAUAAUUACAGCUGAUGAGGUUCUACUUCUGAAUUCGCUUGACAACUAUGUGUUGCAGUAUGUGGUGGAGCUGCAACGGAGACUGACUACAGCUGGAGUAGGUGAGGUUUGGCAAUCGGAAGGUCCGGAAUUGAAUAGAAGGAGGAGUAGUAGGAUUUAUGAUAAUGUUUUUGGAACUCCAUCCCCGGAUUAUUUGCCCUUUGAGUUUAAGGCACUCGAGGUUGCUCUGGAGGCUGCCUGCACUUUCCUUGAUUCUCAGGCAGCAGAGUUGGAGAUUGAAGCCUACCCAUUGCUAGAUGAACUGACAUCCAAGAUCAGCACACUCAAUUUGGAACGAGUGCGUCGAUUAAAAAGCAGACUUGUAGCCUUAACCAGAAGGGUCCAGAAGGUUAGGGAUGAGAUAGAGCAGCUAAUGGAUGAUGAUGGAGAUAUGGCUGAAAUGUAUCUCACUGAAAAGAAAAGCCGAAUGGAGUCAUCUUUUUAUGAACAGGGCUCUAUAGGAUUCAAGUCAAAUGAUGGAGGGGUAUCAGCUUCAGCUCCAGUUUCCCCUGUUUCUUCACCACCUGAUUCCAGGCGGCUGGAGAAGUGCUUGAGUAUUGCAAGGAGUCGACAUGAAAGCAUGAGGAGCUCAGAAAGCAGUAAUGAGAGUAUAGAGGAGUUGGAAAUGUUGCUGGAAGCAUAUUUUGUGGUUAUUGAUAGCACCUUAAACAAGUUGACAUCAUUGAAGGAGUACAUUGAUGACACUGAAGAUUUCAUCAAUAUCCAGCUGGAUAACGUCAGAAAUCAGCUGAUCCAAUUCGAGCUGAUACUCACUACUGCUACAUUCGUCGUGGCGAUUUUUGGGGUAGUAGCAGGUGUCUUCGGCAUGAACUUUGCGAUACCUCUGUUUGAUUACCCAGGUGCUUUUAAGUGGGUGCUUAUGAUCACAGCAGUGUGCGGGAUUACCAUAUUCUGUGCAUUUGUAUGGUUCUUCAAGUACAGAAGACUCAUGCCGCUAUAGAAACAGCAUUAUAGAAAUAUAGAUGUUGCUAUUCGCACUGCCGAACAGUGUCUUAAAGACUUCCUAUAUUAUAGUUGCAAAUGUCUCUGUAAUAGGGAUUUGUCGAUGGAUCGAGGACCGUGGCAAGGUGCCUCUCCAUCUCCCUCUCUUUUGUUUGAGCAUUAUUUGGAAAGAUCAAUGAGAACAGUAUAUAGAGCUUAGCUUAAUGUGGUAAAUUGGCAGGGUGUAUGAUAUCAUGUUUGGAUCCCUUUUGGAAAGGGAUAAUGAAACUUCAAGUCCAUGAACAACUUAUAGCAAACAUCACUCCUGCUCUCAUUUCUUACAACCCUAAAUAUCGUUUUCAAAGCCAAAUGUCUAGGAAGGAAGUGGAGCAGCGAAAUUGUCGGGUCUUCAUCGGCGAGUCUCGUCGGCAACACAAAAUCGACUGUGAAAGAGGCAAGCGGCUGUAGGCUAGGUGUAUGAUAGUAGUGAUGCCAUUGUUGAGUGAACAAUUACCUCAUUUUUGUGGCUCAAUUUUAAUGAGUCAGAUUAGUGUAAGCAUUCUGCUUCUGCAAGUAAAGAAAACUCAAGAAAGGACUUGAUUGUUAGGAUAUAAAUAGUUCAACGAUGUGUUGUGGAAAAGUCCCAAGUUAAGGGACAGAUUUGUUAGAUGUAUAAAGUAGAGGCGUUACAUUGGUAAUAAGCCUUUUCUUUGUUCCCCGUUCACUACUGUCCGGGGCUUUGAACUUUGAUAUCACUAUCUGUUCCUCGCUCGCGUUCCCGCUUUCUUGGUCGCCGACUCGCCGUCGCACCUCUUGUCGGUCUCCUCAAUCGCCAUUGUUUGCACUGUUCUCCGGUUGGCGAAACGAAGCAAUUUCGUCUUCUGAAGGUAUUUCAUUGCCGGGAAGUCAAGGGCUUCCUCGCAUCCUGAUCUGCUGUCUUUCACUCUCUUCUACUAAAGCCACCAAACGAUCACCUCCGCUAGAAGUACGUUUUCUCUCUCUCUGUUCUCUCUUCCUUAGAUUCCAAAACUGAAGAGUAAAAGGAAAUGCGAGCUUCCUGAAUCCGAAAGCUAACAGUGGUAUCAUUAGCAGUAGAUUGAUUCAGGUAGACGAUAGAUCUCCCUGAUUGUGUUCCGAGAUUCCCCGCCUUUGAAUUGUUCGAACUCUCUCUCUCUCCUAGAACUAGAAAUUAAGUAAUUAACUAUCUGAAAGUUUGAGUUCAUUCAUUUUGGUUGGUUGAACUUUCAAGGGAUAUGGCGAUCACUGCGUCAUUUAUCAUCGUGAGCCGGAAUGACAUCCCGAUAUAUGAAGCUGAAGUUGGAUCUGCUACUAAAGUAAAUUGAUCUCUGCUCCCAUCUUUUGCUAUUGUUCAUUUGCUUGCAAUCCAUAUAGCCAUUUUCGUUUUGAAUUCUUCAUGAACAUAUAUGAAAUUGGAACCUUUGGAUUGGGCAUGUCGAUCUUCUGGAUAGAUUAGCUUUCGGAUGGAACUUUGUGCAAUUCAGCAUUGCAUUUUUCUUGAAUGUAUGAAAACCCAGUAGACGAGAAGCUGUUGAGAAGUUACUUUGAUGGUGGUUCUUCGAUGCCCUGGAUUUGACAUUUCGUGUUUCGCUUUUGGAUCAUGACUACAGAGAGAGGAUGCAGCUCAGUUGCAUCAAUUUGUACUACAUGCAGCGUUAGAUAUUGUUCAGGACCUCGCUUGGACCACUAGUGCCAUGUAUUUUCCUAUCUUCUCAACCCCUGUUCUCUUCAUUCAUCAAUGCAGUUUUAAUUUUAUGUUCUAGUGUUAUCGUUUAUCAAAUGAUCCUUGACGGUUCAUUUCCUUGCUUGUGUAACAGGUUCUUGAAAAACAUUGACAGGUUCAACGACCUGGUGGUAUCGGUGUAUGUUACAGCUGGUCAUAUCCUUUUUAUAUAUUGAUUCCCUUUAUCAUCGCCUUUGCUAGUAUCUUAAGUAGUAGUUAUUCGCAAGGAUUAACUAGGCAAAGCAGGGAUAACUUUGUCUGCACAUAAUAUAACCCUAACUUAGUAGUUUCCUUGGUUGGUUAAAGUUUCAUGCUAGCAUGUAUAGUAUACCUCUUCAUUUGUGGUGACUACCAGGAUCUGCACAUCAGAAUUUCACACUUGUUAAUGGUGACUACCGUAAUCUGUGCAUCAGCAUUUUAGAGUCUCUAAACAUGCAUACCACUCGAUCUGUAGUCCAAAGCACAAUCUAAUCUGUGCUGCUCGUGGAUAGAUAAGUCAGUAAGAUGCAUUACACUUAAAGCAUUCAGUAUCAGAUAUUUCCUUGACAUUUUCAAACAUACACGAUUGAUGCUACUUCAUGACUCCCGCAAUGAUGAUGGGAUUAAGAGCUUUUUUCAGGAGGUGCAUGAACUUUAUAUAAAGGUAAACUUGCUCUGACUUGGAUGCUCUGUUCAUGUGUUGGUUUUUCAGUUGUCAACUGUGAAAAAACUAGCUGGGUCUGUUAGUUGAGAUGAACUGAAACGUUGGACUUACGAAGACGGGGGAGGGUAAAAUGUAUUAUAGGUUCUGAGGACAUAUGUUCACAAACAUGUCAUAGAUUUCAAGAACCAAUUUUUGGCUGCUAUUAGUUGCUCACCUAGAUUCAUCGGAGAAUGUAAAAGCAUGACCUGAAGUAAAGAUUAUUACUCUAUUUUGAUAGCAAUUUAGAAGCUAUACCUAUAAUAUGACGCAGUUUGUUAACUUUUGGCAACUCUCUGGUGCAUUUGUCUUUUGCAUAGUUCAAGAACUUGGAAUCCACACACCCUAAACUCUACAGUUUUGGCAUUACAAUCCUAGCAAAGAGAGUUCCAGCUCCUCAAGUAGUGGGCAAAUACCAGUCCCAUGCCAAAGUUCAUAUUAGCUCUUUUUGCAAAGCCAUUUAAAAUCUAAACAUCUAUCCAAUGUUGUAAGACCUUUUGCUGGGUCUUGGUGUUCCUUGGUUAACGUAUGCUGAUCAAUGCAGGUACUGCUGAACCCCCUCUACCUGCCCGGUGCCCGCAUUGCUUCUUCACAUUUCGACACAAAAGUCCGCGCUCUAGCCAGAAAGUACCUGUAAUCGUGCAAACCAUCUACUAAACGACGCAACGAGCUCUUACCAAACUCUCCAGGGUAAAACAUGAUCUACAGGUUACACAAACGCCUCGUUCAAUUUAGCCAGGGAGUUCCUCCUUACUUCUCAACUAGUGUGUUCAUAACGGCUUGAAGGUUCCAUUUGGUGAGAACCUGAUGUAGCUAGGAAGACUUGAUUUUGAUGUACAACCCCCGGUUUUUAUCCAUGGUAUCUUCAUGUUUCUCCUCAUGAACAACAAUGUUGGUUAUUGAAUGUUCAGCAUGUGAUUGUACAUUCUCUAAUGGUGGUUUUCCCACCUGAACUGUGACUGUGUUUGAUUGCAUUUGUUUAAUGGUGGUUUUGCUUCUGCCUUGGGUUGCUGAGUUUCUACAUAGAGAUCCAUCCACCCUUUUUUUUUUGGCUGGGUUUAAUUUUCCCACCGAAAAGGCCGGUCCGCUAUCCACGUCUGGCUAUUUCUCGACCAACCAACACCACCCUCCUUUGACUUAUGAUGGUGUCCGGCGGUGCAACAUGCAAACCACCACUACUUCUUCCCCACUUCUUUAUUUAAUAGGCGUUGUUGAUGAUGGUUUAGCUCAUCUUAAUGGUAGAUUUCUAUGGCGGUGAAGCAAGCAAAUAGUAGUGUUGGGAUAUUGAUCGAAACCGGACCGAUAAGAAUAUCAUUGGCAUCGCUUUUUUUUUUAUAUUCCAAAUUGUUUGUACAUUAUGGGUUUCGUUUUAAACCGAUAAAUCGAAAAGAAACCGAAAUCGAAAACAAUAGACGAGAGGUGUAAGGGGAUUCAGUUUUGAUUGGGAGUGUAGCAAGCGCUUCAAUAAAAUUGUGCAUUCAAUUGAUUGCCUAUCAACAAAAGCCUCUUCAUGAGUGAGUUACCUUAUCUGAAAAGGAGAUUCUAUGUGUUAGGACUUGGGACUUCAUGAUAUGUAAUUAUGAUAAUUUUAAGAAUCCUUUUUCUGAUUAUGCAUUAAGAACAAAAAAUUGAGAUUUGUUUUUGUUGAAAUUAAAUUCUUUUUGGGACCGAAUUUGUUCAUCUCAAUAGUUUAAAUGUUUUAAACGCUUUUGAAGUAUGAAUUAUUUAUUCUCAACCUAAAUGAGAUUGAAAUUGGUCUACAUCUUACUUUGUAAGUUUGAAAAAUAUGUUUAUUCGGCAACACUUUAGUUUUAUUCCUUUUCAUUAUUUAUUUUGUUGAAAAUUUGAAAUAGGAAUUUUAGUCCUAAAAAAUUCAGAAUAGGCCUUUAUUCGAUCGCACGUGACGUGACUCAACCCUUCUUCACUUCAUCUUUUAAAAAGAAAGCUGGGAAAAGAGAAGAAAUAAUAGCUUUGGUGCUCUCAAAGCUCUAAAAAUAUAUAUUUUUGCUAGAAACUCACAAUGGCUUUAAUCAACAAGUGUAGAUCGAGAUAGCCAUUUUUUAGCCCAGAAACUUAAGAGAGGGUAAUGCAAUGUUUUCUUCCAUUAUCCGAUGUGACUGAGUUCGUUUUAGAUCGAUCCAAUAUAAAUUGAUUAAAUUCGUUGUUUUACAUGUAAUCGUUUAACGUAUAUAAUAUCUACUAUUGUUUAUUACUUGUUACUUUAUGAUAAGAAUAUAUAGAUAUUGAUUAUAUCAGUUCCCAACAUUCUUUUUUACAUUUAGAGUAAACUUUGAUCAUAUUUUUUAUUAUCUUGCAACUGCUUAAUAACUGAAAGGUUACUGACAAAUUCGAUUAAUCAUUUAGUUAUAAGCUUUUUACUUAUUCAAAAUAUGAUAAUUAGAAGAGAUCAUCUUUUCAUUAACUUUUCCAAAAUAUAAGAAACGCGUAAUUCCAAAUUUUAGGACAAUUAGGGGUCGUUUGGAAGUUGCGAUUGUUAAAUAGAUGUAUUGUUGAGAAUGCAUGUAUAAUAUUAUACAUGUAUUGUCGAAUUUGAUGCAUUGUAGAAUACAACGUUUGGUAUGUGUGAUUGUAUAUGUCGCAUCAGCUAAAAACUGAGACAAAACAAUCUCAACUCAACUAUCUCAACAAUCACAACUAAAAUUUGAGAUAUAACAAUCACUCAAAAUGAGUGAUAGUUUCUGUCACAUCAUAGAAACAAUCCAUGUAUGGAUUGUUUCUGCUAAAAAAAAAACGAUGCAUUGUAAACAAUACAUGCACAAAGACAAUCUCAACAAAACAAUCGCAACUUCCAAACACCCCUGAAAUUAAAAAAGAAACUCAUAACAAAUCAUCCGGCCCUCCCUAAACCUUCGUAGUACUUUUUUUGUUGUUAUUUUUAAUUGUUCAAAGAAAUCGGUGUCUCGGUGUCUCCUUUUCUUCAAUGGAGCUCGUAAAAACAUAGUAGAGAAACCAAAUGCAUAAAACCAAAAAUAUUCCCUUUUCUGAUAAAUAAACAAAGAAGAAAACGAACUUGAACGACGUUUGGACGCGGCAGAAGUAGCAGCUUCCCACUCCAACACUCCUUCCCCUUCCCUCCAUCUUUCUUACUCUACAGACAGCAGAUAGAGAGAGAGAGGGGCAAGAAACCGACGCCACGACUUUCUUCCUCCUGUAAUUUUCUGCUCUCCCUCUCAUUCUCAUUUUUGUUUCUCCCAACAUUCCCAUUCUCAAGUUCGUUCUUCGUUCUUUUUUCUUCUUUGUGUGUUUCUUUUUUGGGCCAUUGAGAAGGAAAUCCCUGCUUCACUGUUCCAUAGCUACUUUCUCUUCUCUUUUGCUCGCAGUUUCCCGCUUUGCCUCACUUUAUUCCU